AUGCACCCCCACCUCCACACCGAAGAAGUCCAAAAGAACUGCGCCGAAGUCGUCGCUGCCCUCGAACAAUGCCAUGAACGCGGUUUUCUCUGGAAGUUGACAGGCAACUGCACCGAUGCCAAACACCAGGUUAACAUGUGUCUGCGCGGACUGCGACUGGAGCGCACGCGGCAGAAUCGCGAGGAGGCAAAGAUCAAGCGCGAGAAGAUAAAGAGAGUAUGGCAGGAGUUGGAUGAGAACAAAUGA